CCGAACUGACUCACUGCACUGGCACUUCGCUCCAUGGAUAUGGAUAUGGACAUUCCGCUUCCAGAAGAGCUCGAGUUACUCGAAGCCAACUCCCUUUUUUACGAAGAAACCUACGUAGAUUCUUCUCCGUUGGAUCCCUCUCCUCCACAAUCACCGCCCUCAAAAAACCUCGAAACCGAUGGUCCAAAACGCCCCUUAGACUGCAUCGCCAUCGAAUCUCCUCCCGAGGAGAACAAGAGAAUCAAAAGAUUUGAGAUCGAGGAGGAGGAGGAAAAGGAGGAAGAAGAGGCUUGGCUACGGCACUCGCCGCCACAGGAAACUAAUGUUGCGGUCGCAGAUGGAAAGGACGAGGAAGUUUAUUUGUCGAGGUACGUGUCAUCAAUUGAUGGCGAUUUCGUGCCCAUAACGGCGCCGAGUGGUGGUGAAAGAGUUUAUGCGAAGAUUAGCAGAGCGCAGGGAGAUGGAGGAUUAAAGAAAUUGAAUAUCAAAGAUCGAUCUAACGCCCUUAUUCCUGAACCGGUCAAUGUUCUAUUGCAAAGAGUCGAGCAGGAGGCUUUUGCCAAGGCUUUGGAAGCAAGUUCUGAAUGUCAGAAUGAUAGAACACUUCCUGAUAUGACUGUGGUCCACGAACAACUUUGGGUCGACAAUGCUCCUCGUUCAUUCACUGAGCUCCUUAGUGAUGAACAAACCAAUCGCGAGGUCCUAUUGUGGUUAAAACAGUGGGAUUCAUGUGUUUUUGGAUCUGAUAUUAGGAGUACCUCAGAUGAAGUUUUGUCAGCUCUCAAGCGACAUUCUUCUACUCAACCAAAAUCUUUUGAUUCAGAUUUUUCAAGAAAGAGUAGAGGACAUAGAUGGAGUGGAGGAAGUUACAGACCCAUUAAUGAAAUGGAUCACGGGACCAAUAAUGCAAAAGGUAUGCAGGAUGUGUGGAAAAAGUCAAGGCUCACAGGUCCACCUGAACAGAAGAUUCUUUUGCUAUGCGGUUCCCCAGGGCUUGGAAAGACUACAUUAGCACAUGUAGCUGCACAACAUUGUGGAUACCGUGUUGUGGAGGUUAAUGCUAGUGAUGAUCGAUCAACAUCUACAAUUGAAGCGAAAAUCCUUGAUGUGGUUCAGAUGAACUCUGUCAUGGCUGAUGCGAGACCCAAAUGUCUGGUGAUUGAUGAAAUAGAUGGAGCUCUUGGUGAUGAAGGUGCUGUAGAGGUUAUUUUGAAGAUGGUGUUUGCUGAAAGGAAGCGUGCUUUUGGGAAGGAAAAUGAUUCUAAGGGAAAAACUGCAUCUCUAACAAGACCUGUGAUUUGCAUAUGUAAUGACCUCUAUGCACCUGCCUUAAGACCAUUGCGCCAGAUAGCAAAGGUUCAUAUAUUUGUCCAGCCAACAGUGAAUCGUGUAGUAAGCAGGCUUAAAUACAUUUGUAAUAAGGAGGGAAUGAAAACAAGUUCCAUUGCCCUUACUGCACUGGCAGAGUUCACUGAUUGUGAUAUAAGGUCAUGUCUAAACACUCUUCAGUUUCUCCACAAGAAGAAGGAAGCCCUCAAUGGGAUGAACAUCAGUUCACAAGUGGUUGGUCGAAAGGACAUCUCAAAAAGCUUUGACAUAUGGAGAGAGAUUUUUCAAAAAAGACGAACAAAGCGGGACAGAAAAUCUAACACUUGUUCUGGAAGUACCUAUGGCGAAUUUGACUUUCUGCAUUCGCUCAUAUCUAACCGUGGUGAUUAUGACGUGAUUUUCGAUGGGAUCCAUGAAAACAUUUUGCAACUCCAGUAUCAUGAUCCAGUGAUGCAUAAGACAGUCAAAUGCUUGAAUUCUCUUGGCAUCUCUGAUGUAAUUCAACAGUAUGUUAUGCGGACACAGAAAAUGUCCCUUCAGGUGAACAUAUGCAUUUAUCAACCUUCUGUUGCAAUUACUUUGCAUCGGAUAGUUGGCCAAGUCCAAAAACCAACACUUGUGCCAAAGUCAUUUCAAAGAUUCCGGACAAUGCUGAUGGAAAAGACAAAUAUUUUAAGGGCUUGGCAGCAGAAAAUUCCACCAUACAUUUCAAGAAAUUUAUCAACAAAGUCCUGCAUAGAAGACUUGAUAUCUCCAUUGUUGCAUAUCUUGUCACCACCAAACUUCAGGCCGGUGGCAUUGCACUUACUAUCAGAAACCGAGAAUAAUUUGGCCCAACUAGUUAAUGUUAUGUUAUCCUAUUCUAUAACCUAUAAGAAUAUGAAGUCUGAUUCGCUGUCCAGUAGACAUGAAGCACUUUCAGAUGCAUCAGCCCUCUCUUUUGAACCUCCCAUUGGCGAGUUUAUUGCAUACAAGGAUUACAGAUCAGAUCAUCAUGUACUUGCCUUAGCUAUGAAGCAGGUUUUAUUGCAUGAGGUUGAGAAGCAAAAGAUUUUACAAGUAAGCACUGGAAAAUCUGUGCAUAGAACCGAUGGAUGCAGCAAGGGAGAUCAGGACUUCGUAGAAGGAGGCAGUGGAGGUAAAUCUGCUAGAACAAUUAGUGAGGGUGCAGGUGCAGGUGCAGCAAAGAUCAUUGAAAAUGUGAAGAAUAUAUCCAAUACAAGGCAAGGUAUCCCCAGUACCAUGACAGUUCCGUCAUCUUCUGUUUCUAGCAGAAGUUCCACUGCAGAAGCAAAGCAAAAAUCUGCUGCAGGUUCCAAGAAGCCACGUAGUGGUGAUUUCUUUCAAAGGUUUAGAAAACCAAGCAGCAAAGGUUCACAGGAUGCGGAAGUUGCAGUAGUGAAGGAAGCGACGUUGGAAAGAGAUUCGCCUCUGUUAUUUAAAUUUAAUGAGGGUUUUACCAAUGCCGUGAAGAGGCCGGUCCGAAUACGCGAAUUUCUGCUAUAAUAAACGUCCAUGUCAAGCAAUCAGCAGCUGCCAAAUUCGGCUUCAGUAGUCACCUGUACAUCCUUUGGUAUGUAUUAUGAAAA